ACAGAGACUAAACAAGAAAGAUGCUUACUGAAUAAGGUGGGAUCCAACAAGAAUGUAGUACAUAAUGCAAUAAUAUAUGAAUUUUUUUUCUGAAGGGGUUCAACAGAACUACAUUAAUGAAAGGCAAAGGCUUAACCACCUGGUACAUUUAUGAUUCUUGAUGAUUAAUUACCUGAGGAUUAAAAAUUUGAUUCACCAGUCUUACAAAUGGAAGAAAGCGAUGAACCAGAUCAGUCUAUCUCAGCAGGGAGGCAAGAAAUGCGAAAGAGAAGACGACCAAGCCAACCAAUGGUAGACAAAUCCCAGCAGACCGAUGUGACAGAGAAAAAGAAACACAUGAUCAUGCCGCAGUCUUCUGCCCCUAAAGCUACCCUUAGUAUUGGUAAUAUUCUUGGAAGCAAAGGCAACUACUCUGCCAAAGAAUAUGAGUCUCAUAGAGUAUCUUCUCAACUUCAACAAACUUGGACCAAGAGAAAGCGUGGACAGGAAAUGACCGAUAAAUCUCUGCAAACAGACACCAAUGAAGAAGAGAAAAAAGAAGUCAAGUUAGGUGAUGAAAUGGUGGCACCUGAAGAAAAGGCAGCUGGCAUUGAAGGAGCUUCUGAAGUGCCAGAGAGUGUUCAGGAAGUGGAAAUUCCAGUAAGUAGACACUCAAUUCAACUAAAAAUAGACAGAUCUCAGCAAACCAGUUGCACUGGAGACUGGACCAUGAUGAACAUUCCCCAAGUAGAAAAACUGGACAAAGAACAACAAACAUAUUUUAGUAAAUCAGAAAUAGUGGCUAUUUGUAGGCCAGGUAGUUCUUUCAUAGAGUCAAAGGAAGGUGUCCAGAAACAGAAAUCCUCAGGAAACAUUUUUGUUAGUGAACAUCCUGAAUUUCAACCAGCAUCAAGUAGCAAUGAAGAAAUUAGGCAGAAACUUAGCAGCAGAACUUCUUUUACUCAUGAAACUCAAAAAGAUUCUUCUGUAGUUUUACAAGAUGAGCCUAGGCAAGAGGGGGAUUCUGUUGAAACAGAACCUUUACCAAUAGAAAAAGUGCCUGCUGAAAAACAGUCUCCCACUGCACAGGAGACUCAUGCUGAAGUACAACCUCUACCAUCUGAAGAGGCCACUGCAGAACUAGAGCCCAACCCUACUGAGGAGACCCAUGUCCAAGUAGAGCCUCCAUCAGAAGGGACUUUUGCAGCUGAGGAAGCCACUGCAGCUUCAGAGACCUCUGUUGAAAUCCAGCCUCCACCAGCUGAAGAGUAUCCUUCCAAAGAGCCUCCUUCUGAAAUUCAGCCAUCACCAGCUGAAGAGGCUGCUUCAGAAGAGCCUUUUGCUGAAAGCCAGCCUCCACCAGCUGAGGAGCCUCCUUUGGAAGAGCCUUCUGCUGAAAGCCAACCUCUAAAAACUGAAGAGGAUCCUUCUGAAGAGUUUCCGGCUGAAAUUCAACCUCCACAAGCUGAAGAAGCCCCUAUUAAAGUACAGCCUUUACCAGCUGAGAAGGAUAUUGAAGAGGCAUCAGCCAAAGUAGAGCCUACCGCUGAAAAAGAGAUCACUGGUGAAGGUCAGCCUCCAUCCACUGAAGAGACCCCAGAAACUCAGCUUUCAAUAGCUAUGGAAGGCCCUGAAGAAGAGGCACUUGCUGAUGUUUAUGCUCUACAGGCUGAGGAGGUCCCUGCUGGAGAAGCUAAUGCUGAAAUCCAGGCACCAGUAGCUGAGAAAGGCUUGGCAGAAGAAACCACUGCAGAAAAUGCCCUUACUGAAGUUCUGUCUCCACCAGGUGAGGAGGCACCUGCAGAGAAGGCCCCUGACACAGUUCAGUCUCUGUCUCUGGAGGAGGCUCCUAUAGAAGAGAUACCUGUUGCAGUUGAGUCUCUACCAAUGGAGGAAGUGCCUCAAGAAGCGAUCCGUACUGAAGUUCAAUCUCCAUCAGCUGAGGAAGCUCCAGUCAAAGAGUCUCCUGCCAAAGUUCAGUCUCCACCAGCUGAGGAAGCUCCAGUAGAAGUGGCCCCUGCUGAGGUUCAGUCUUCAUCACCUAAGGAGGCUCCUUUAGAAGAGGCCCCUGUUGAAAUCCAGUCUCACCUAUCAGAGGAGGCUCCUGCUGAAUUUCAAGUUCCACUAGCUGAGGAGGUUCCCACAAAGGAAGCCCCUGUUGAAGUUCAAUCUCGAUCAAUUGAGGAGCCUCCAGUAGGAGAGGCCCCUAUUGACAAACAUCCUUCACCAGCUGAUGUAGCUCUUACUGAAGACUUGCCUUUACAAGAGAACCCUUCUGAAGUUCUGCCUACACCACCUGAACAAACUCCUGCAGAUGAAGAUGUGGCAAACAAUGUGUCUACUGAAUUGCAAUCAUCACAGUUAGCUGGCAACCCAACGGUAAAAUCGGGGUCAGUUGUUUUGGAAGGUGAUAAAAAUUUUAACAAGGAUUUAGAGACAGAUCCUGUUCCUGAAAAUUUGUCUAGUACCAAUGAAGACUAUAUUUCCACUAUUAAUAUAGAGGGUGUCAUUCGUAUACAAAAGAGCUCCUCCUAAGCUGUCAUCAGGUCCAAAAUUAGUUAACAAUCAGCUAUUAAGUGGUUCUGGAAUUACAUAUUUUAGAAAAGGGUAGGAAUCUUGAAGUAGUUUUGUGAAUAGAGUAAAUGAGAGACAAUCCAUGACUUGCAGAGAAGGUUGGAAA